CCCACACAUGACCUGAGAAGUGAUCACUGCAAUGAGCUGAGUGACGACCAGAAUUGAAUUAAAUUGACUUUUGAUGUAUAGCAAGUAGAAAACUCGAGAAAAUAGUAAGAAAUUUAACAUUUUGGCUUUGCAUCGAGGCAGUUUUGUUCCGUGGUGAUGUUAGUUUUCAUUGAUUUUGUUUUCUGUAAAGAGAAGAAAAAAGAUCUGCAGUAUCCUGCGUAACAUUUGGACAAGAUCAAACCAUUUAAGAUGUUAAUGAAAUAUUGCCCCGUUGUUCUGACAUCCUUGUAGCUGUUACAGUAAAUCAUGGAGAGGAGAGUUUACUAUCGUGGAUCUCCUGGGUAUCCGAAUUCACACCAACUGCCACAGUUUAAUCCAGGUUUUCGCUUCUCACACCUCGUGCAACAUCAGCUUACCUUCGUUCAUGGACAACAUCAGUUUCAACCACAACAACCAAAUUACCAUCAUCAUGGUUUGCAGAAUUUCCAAGUUAGAUACCCAUAUGUUGACAACAGGGAAAGCAUCAGACAAAAUAUUCUGUCACAGAUACAUAGCAAGCAUUCCAGCCAUAGUCAGCAGUCCCGCAAGAGGUCAGCAGAUUCUCUUCCAAACUCUUCUAACAGCAAGAAGCAAAAGAAUGACCACCCAGCUACUGAUGUCGGGAUUACAGACGUGCCUAUCCCUCCCCCGGGAUACAACCCCAUGCACAAUAUUACUGAAUCAAUCAUUAGAUACUUUGUGGAUAACCAUCAAACAGACACAGCAUACAGGCAAAAACUUCAACUCCGAGAUGUUCUGUUCAAGAUAUUUCAGUCUUCUAUGCCAAACUGUGGGUUGUAUAUUGUGGGAUCUUCAAUGAGUGGCUUUGGAACACUGAAAAGUGAUAUGGACAUGUGUUUGAUGAUAACAGAUGAUGGCGUUGACCAGAAAAGGGAAGCUCCAGAAAUUCUGUAUCUCAUCCAGAAAGCUCUGUUUCGAUGUAGUUUUGUGAGGGAGUCGAUGGUGAUCAGAGCUAAGGUGCCUAUCCUGCGUUUUAAUGAUCUUAUAAGUAAAGCCCAGAUUGAUCUGAAUGUUAACAACAGUGUUGGGAUUCGAAAUACUCACUUACUGAAAUAUUACUGCAUGACUGACUGGAGAGUGAGACCGUUGGUUCUGUAUGUAAAGAAAUGGGCUCGUUUCCACGAUAUCAAUGAUGCCAGUAAAGCGACUAUCUCCAGUUACUCUCUCUGUCUGAUGUUAAUCCAUUAUUUACAGUAUGCCUGUUCCCCGCCGGUGCUUCCCUCUCUUCAGGAUCUCUAUCCAGAGCGAUUCAAUGCAGCGUUAGACAUCAGGGAGCUGAAGUUUGAUGACAGCGUUUCCUACAAGAGUGACAAUGGACAGAGUGUAGGGGAACUUUUCCUUGGGUUCCUCUGUUACUAUAGCAACAAAUUCAAGUUUGAUGAAGACUGUAUAUGUAUCAGAGAGGGCACGAAGUACACAUUGGACGAUUACAUGCGGUGUAAGAGUGACAAUUUUCAGAUCCAACCUCUUUGUAUAGAAGAGCCAUUUGAUUUGUCCAAUACUGCGCGCUCUUGUCACGAUAAAAAUAUAUUCACCCGAGUGAAGAGGGUGUUCAAAAAAAGUUACCAGAAACUACAGAAAAAAAAAGAUGUCACCUGCUUGUUCACUCAUCCGUUUUAAACUCUGACGGAUGUCUGCUCAGAUGCAGGGAAAACAUCCUGCGGAAUAGGACAGGUCCCUGGUCCCCGUGCUCUGGGAAUGUCGGACUUGGAAAAGACAGAUUGCAUUGCUCUCAGAAGGCAUGCAUGCAUCGGGUACGUGGAGCUUGUGCUGUUGUCGGGUAGUAUAUUAGAGAUACUGCCAAGCUGUUCUAAUGGUGCUAAUGACAAGUGUAUAGCGUGAUUUUAAAUGGCUGAAGACUGGUCCAGCUGACUUGUACGUUCCUCCUGAUGGGAGGAAUGUCUGUAUAAAAGUACUGCCUUUAAUGGUACGAAAAUUAUGUACAGUUCUGAAUCAUGAUAUUUUGAUUAUGUUGUAAAAAAGGCAGCUACAUGUACAAUAUGUCUUUUUAUUUCCCGAAUAGGUAAUUCACUUUCCCCCACUUUGUGUAAAAAUGUAUUUCUACGUAAUUGUUUUUUUUAAAAAUAAACUUUAACAAUUUCA